UCUUUGUGUCACUUCCGGUUACUUCCAUCCUGUCGAAAGGGAAACAUAUGACUCGUCUGCUUCGUUGAGACUGAAAUCUGCCGACUAAAACCUUCCAAAGGCUGCUUUAGGAAACUAAAAUAAACAUUUGGAGCAAGUUUAAAAGCUGCAGUGAUGAAGGUGAGCUCCUCAGAGAGAGUCAUCCUCCACUGACCCUCCUCUUCCUCCUCGGAUGCCCCUCCUCCUCCUCCUCUUCCUCCUCUAACCUGUGAUGGACAGCAGGUGCAGCAGCAGCGCAGGGGGGGGCUACUCCAUCAACGGCACCCCUACCUCCACCCGCAUGGAGUCCUUCGAGGCCGGAGAGAAGAAGUGCAUCUCCGACGUGAGGAGGACCUUCUGCCUCUUCGUCACCUUCGACCUCCUCUUCAUCACCCUGCUCUGGAUCAUAGAGCUCAAUGUAAACGGCGGGAUUCAGUCGCAGCUGGAAAGAGAAGUUCUGCACUACGACUACCACGCCUCCUUCUUCGACAUCUUUGUCCUGGCAGUCUUCAGGUUUGCGUUCCUCAUCUUGGCGUACGCCGUCUGCCGGCUCCGUCACUGGUGGGCCAUCGCGAUCACCACUGCAGUCAGCUGUGCUUUCCUGAUUGUUAAAGUCAUUUUAUCAAAGCUUCUGUCUCAGGGUGCUUUCGGGUACCUGCUGCCCAUCAUCUCCUUCGUGUUGGCCUGGAUAGAAACCUGGCUGCUGGACUUCAAGGUUCUGCCGCAGGAGAACGAGGAGCUCAACCGGUUUCAGUCCCUCAUGGACGCAGAGCGAGCUCCUCUCAUGGGUCCAGGCCCGUUAUCUGACGGUCAGUUCUACUCUCCACCGGAGUCUGUGGCAGACUCUGACGAGGAGCUGGAUGAUAAACAUGAUCCAGAGAAAGAUCUCAUUCAGCAGCUGACCUAACAGGGUCUGCUCUCCUGAAGAAACUCUGCCUUACACAUUCAGCCAUUUUACUUUGUAUUUGCCUCUGAGAAGUCUCUGUUUAUUCAUACCCACAAUGCACCUCUCUGUCUGAUAUCAGUCUUCUGCAUGUGCACCUGGGCCUGGAGAAAGUGCCGCUUAUAAAGAGGCACAUGUUCCUUUUCACAGGGUCUUCUUCCUCACAUUGAAUAUUCUCUGGUGCUCGAAGGAGAGUUCAUAUUAUCGGAUAUUUAAACACCAAACUGCACGCAGAAUUCCACUUCUUUACAGAUUUAAUGGGUGCAUUUUACAUCCGUUUCAGAGGGUUUUUACUGGAUGUUUGAUAACAACACAGUUCGUUUCUUCUCUUAGGUAUACAUCUGUUUACUUUUGUAUGUGUUUUCAUAAGCGUGGAUCUCAAUUUACUGUAAAAGAAAAUAUGCUUGCUCCAAAAACUCUGCAAAAAGUAAAUGAAGGAUUCUUUUUUUUCUGGCCAGUUUUGAAACGUUGGGACCUGGUGUGUAGCAAAUGUGAUUUUAGUUAACGGAGCGAUGAAUGUGCAGCACUUAAACUGAGUAUAUGAACUGUAAACUGAUCUAAAAGAGCUGCUGUUAAACACAUGUGGAGCUCAAAAGUAUAUAAAACAUGUAUAUAUGUAUUCAUGCAUGCCUUACAAGCCGAGUGAUUUUGUUUUUAUGGAAAAGUCUGGAGAAUGGAAUCAAUAAAAUGUGAAAUAUG